UCUUAAGAUACGCUGCAUUCUGUAUAUUAGGAGCUGUGCUCAGGCAGCUCGGAAGACUUUGGAAUGCGCUAUUCCUAGCUCUCCGGGUACUUGGCUCAGGCAUCUGGGGAUUUGGAAAGAGGAACCUUCUUGUCGCCUGGAGCAGACACCCCUUGGGCUCCUCUGUACUCUUUCCAAAAUAACAGGCACCCCACCCGCGCUUCCCUGCACCUCCCCCCACACCUCUAGACUGGGUUAGCUAGCGGUAGGCCGAAAAGCUUUGCAGCCCAGAGUGGAGCACAAAGCCCAAGAUGCAAGCUGGUAGGCCCCUGGGAGGGGGCGGGAUCUGGCGGAUUCCUGAGAUGGGCAGUGAAAAAGAAACCAGAAUCUGAUUUGAUUCUAAGUCCAGAGCUGCACCCAGGCUACUGGCACCCGGAGGGCUUUGGGUGCCCCUCCCCCCCAGUGAAGCUUAGAAGCAGCGAAAUUACCAUCUCCAGAAGGCUCCCUUAAAGUGGGAGGUCGGAGAAGUGGGAGCCAGCUAACCCUCUGGAACGCUAGUGUCACAGCCACUACCCCCCCCCACUCCCCAAGAUUGAGCAAAAGGGUGUGAAUCCAGCCUUUGGACCUUGAUGUUGGCGGUGUGGGGUCAAGUAUGGGGGAAUCAGAGAUGGAGCUAAUGGCUUGGAGACAGGCGAGCCAAGAGCACUCGGGGUGUCUACUUCAUGUGGGCUUCUCAGGCUAGUGAUGCUAGGUGCUCGCACGGGAGAAUGGAAAUUAAGUGGAAAACCGCAGGCCCCGCCCGAGGAUGCGCGUGGGGCUCGGCCCCCGCCCAGAUGCCACUCCCUAUUUGGAUGGCGAGGUGAGCCCGCCACUGCCCACUGCUUCCAAUCAUUACUCUGAGUGGGACGCUUUGAAUAUGCGUAGACACGUCAUGUUGUAUGACCCAGUCCCUAGGGAGGGAGGCAAUAUCUAUAUAAACGUGUCGAGGGUAGGUGGAGAAGGGUUAACGGAGGGAAGGAGGGAAGGUAGUGGGCAGGGGUCUGCAGCCUUGAGCAGCUGUGGCUGGCAGCGCCUGGUGAGUUGUUUCUCUGGCCUCCAUACUAGGAGUGCUGAGCCGAGAGGUGGGAGCGUUCCAGAGGCGAAUGGCCCACCUUGGAUGGGCUGGCACUUUUUAACUGAAAUCGGGGAGGAAUGCCCUGGGUCUUCAGCCUCGAGGAAGGCAAAUUCUCUAGUCGCCCAGGGCUAUUGCUGCCUUCCACUGACAAUUUUGUUUUAAGACCGGAAGCUUUGAAUGUAUUGAUCUCUGGCUUGGCCCCCUAACCCUGGGCCUUUUCUGGACUGGGCAGGUGAGCUCUGCUCAGUUCUUGAGGCCCCUGCCUUCCCAGUGGCCUACUCCACCCCUCACCCCUGCAGUCUCGCCAUGUUUUCCUGGGGGCUAAGCUGUUUGUCCAUGCUGGGGGCUGCCGGCACUGCUCUCCUGUGUGCGGGUCUGCUGCUUGGCCUGGCCCAACAGCUCUGGACCCUCCGUUGGACUCUGAGCCGGGAUUGGGCCUCCACCUUGCCCCUACCCAAGGGCUCCAUGGGCUGGCCAUUCUUCGGUGAAACACUGCACUGGUUGGUUCAGGGCUCUCGUUUCCAUAGUUCCCGCCGCGAGCGCUACGGGACAGUGUUUAAGACGCACCUUCUGGGCAGGCCAGUGAUCCGGGUGAGCGGCGCUGAGAACGUGCGCACCAUCCUGCUGGGUGAGCACCGCCUGGUGCGUAGCCAGUGGCCGCAGAGCGCACAUAUUCUUCUAGGUUCACACACACUCCUUGGCGCGGUUGGUGAGCGUCAUCGGCAGCGGCGUAAGGUCCUGGCGCGCGUGUUCAGCCGCCCAGCUCUGGAGCAAUUCGUGCCACGGCUACAGGAGGCGCUGCGGCGAGAGGUGCGCUCCUGGUGCGCCGCCCAACGACCCGUAGCUGUUUACCAGGCGGCCAAAGCGCUCACCUUCCGCAUGGCCGCGCGCAUCCUGCUGGGUCUGCAGCUAGAUGAAGCGCGAUGCACCGAGCUGGCCCAGACCUUUGAGCGGCUGGUGGAGAACCUCUUCUCACUGCCCUUGGACGUACCGUUUAGCGGCCUACGCAAGGGCAUCCGGGCCAGGGACCAGUUGUAUCAGCACCUGGAUGAGGUCAUUGCUGAGAAGCUUCGGGAGGAACUGACAGCAGAGCCAGGUGAUGCCCUGCAUUUGAUCAUUAACAGCGCUAGGGAGCUGGGCCGUGAGCUCUCAGUGCAAGAGCUGAAGGAGUUGGCUGUGGAGCUCCUCUUCGCGGCCUUUUUCACCACGGCCAGCGCCAGCACAUCCCUUAUCCUGCUGCUUCUGCAGCACCCAGCAGCCAUCGCCAAAAUCCAGCAGGAGCUGUCGGCGCAGGGGCUGGGGAGCCCCUGCAGCUGCGCUCCCAGGGCCUCAGGAUCGCGACCGGACUGCAGCUGUGAGCCGGACCUUAGCCUGGCAGUGCUGGGCCGUUUGCGCUACGUCGACUGCGUAGUGAAGGAGGUGCUGCGCCUCCUACCGCCUGUGUCCGGGGGCUACCGCACUGCACUGCGCACCUUUGAGCUGGACGGUUACCAGAUUCCCAAAGGCUGGAGCGUGAUGUAUAGCAUCAGAGACACACAUGAGACAGCCGCAGUAUACCGUAGCCCGCCCGAGGGCUUCGAUCCAGAGCGCUUUGGCGUGGAGAGUGAAGAUGCGCGGGGCUCUGGUGGCCGCUUUCAUUACAUCCCGUUCGGUGGCGGCGCGCGCAGCUGCCUGGGCCAGGAGCUAGCGCAAGCGGUGCUGCAACUGCUCGCCGUUGAGCUGGUGCGCACCGCGCGCUGGGAGCUGGCCACACCUGCCUUCCCCGUAAUGCAGACGGUGCCCAUCGUGCACCCGGUGGACGGGCUGCUGCUCCUUUUCCACCCUCUCCCGACUUUGGGUGCGGGCGACGGGUCACCCUUCUGACUCACUGCGUCUCUAGCCUUGGCUUGCCCAGUAGCUGCUGCACACACGCCGCCAAUCUUCAGCGCCCUAGGUCUUCACUGCGCAUAUAUUCACCGAGUCACGGGUUUAAGAAAUGGCUCUGCUAGACUGGAAGUCGUAGAAUGAGUCACAGACACCGCAGUGGAGAAGCGCUGGGCUUGGGGAAAGAGAGUAGGAGGCAAAUACCAAGAACUCAAAGCAGCCAACGACGGAGAAAACCUAUUUCCACUAAAUGAAACUUGGCUUCCCCUUACUGUGGCAAGUCCGCAGGGAGUUUAGAUUUGGGGUUCUGGCAGCAGCGGCAGUGAUGGCGGUAGUUAGGUGUUCGUAUCAAACUAAUAGGGGAUUUGCAACUUUUUAAAGUUAGCAGAAAUAGCAGGAUGGUUACCAGGCUGAUCUGAUGUUUGUCCAGGAGACACACGGAGAGGGUCCCCGAGCUUCUAUUAGCUCAAACUUAGAAGAUUCGACUAGAGACUUUUGAAAAGAAAAAUUCCUACUUCAUGAAAUUAUUUAAUAUCCUCGUUUAUAUAGAAGAUACUGUGCUCUCUGGAAAUGUCUGUAAGUCUGGUUCGUGUGAGGUUGAGACAUAAUCCCUUCAUGGGAGAAUUGAGAUAAACAAGAGAUUUGAGAUGUUUGUAACCAAACAGGAAGUCCAAGAAAUAACAUUUCCUGCCAGUGGUUGAGCAAGGAGGUUGGGGCUCGGUUGGGCAGCCAUUCUCCUGGUGUGAUGGCCAACGGUGCAGAGGAUGAGGUACAGAGAUGGUACAGAGACGUACCAACCAGAAGGACACACUGUAGCCUAUACCCAGAGGGUCUAGAAGUUGGGCAGCCUCAGUCCCAAGCUUCCCUCUGGACCACGGAUCUGGAUGCUGGGUUUGGGAGCAUCGCUGCACUGUCUGACUGCAGAGUUGUUCUGCUUCACUCCCUUCACUAUUUAGGAGGAGAAACUGAGGAGAGACCUAUGGCUCUCCUGAGGAGCCACUGCUGUCCUGCACACUCUUCCACUGCUCAAUCCCCCUGCCCCACCUCUGAGCCAUGUCACCUGUGGAAUUCAGCCCUUUUGCCUUCCAGAGCUACCCUUAAUCUAAAAGGCAGUCGGUCUUUCCAAUCCAGAGGGUCCCACUACUGCUUAAAUCAACACCACUGUCAUCUGCCUUCAUUCCCCAAAGCCCCCUUCAACCUGCCAUCCACAUCCCCAUACUGCUGUGUAAGAGGACAUAACCGGUGACCCCAGGAAGUUGUAACCAGCCCAGGCUGACCUUAGAGGAGGAAAUUGGUGGCCUCCUGACCUUAUUUAUAUUUGAAUCCACGUAAAAAGUGGAUCCUGGGGCUCAAAGGCAAGGACACAAGCGGGUACUUGAAGGUUAGCAACUGCUGGGGUUAACACCACCAUAACCCCUAUCCGCUAGUAAACCAUAGCUGGUCAGAGUAGAGGCUAGCCUGAGCUCUGCAGACACCAGAAGGAGCAUCAAGGUGCAGGCCUACAACCUUGAGCAUCCCAGAAACUGGACCUAGGUGAGGAGGUCAAAAAGCUUCCCUUUCAGGUUGACUCUGAUUUGGGGGCAAGGAGGUAGGGCAGCACCUUUCAGAAGUCUGAAGAGACGUGUUUGCUUGUUUUGGGAUCUGGACCAACUCUAAGCCCACGGAAGUGCCUCUGGUUUUCCUCUCAUUUCCCAUAGCUGCACCAUGCUGUUGAUGUUAAGGGAUGUGUAGGCUCCUGGUUUGGUAACUCCAAGUUUGUAGGAAAAGGGCAGAUGUAGUUCUUACGCCUUGGACUUCUGCCACUCACAUAAAGAGGCAGACAAUGAAUAAACCAGCAACACAAAACCAAAACCAACCAACCAAACAUACAAAACCACGGAGAACUGCCCUGUGGUGGAAAGCAUAGAAAAAUUUAAAAAGCAACAAAACCCUUUAACACGGAGUGCCUCCGACCUGAAUUCCAACAGUUGGGCAAGGGAACCAGUCUGAGGUGACAUUGGCAGGGAUCAGGCACUUUGUCCUCGGUUCCCAGCCAGCGUUGGGAACAGCAACAGGUAUGGAACACCCAGACCAGAGAGAAGACUGGGGGAGGGGGGUGGUGAAGAGAAAGGCCAGGAGGUCAUGCUGGCCACCUGAUUUCUGCCACCCAUGGCCACCAGCAAAAACAAAACAGCAGAGACACCCACACAAGAAACCGAACCCCACAUCUCUGAGCCCUUAGCAAUAGGAAAAUUGGCCAACAUUUUGUUUUCCAGAGAGCCAAUCUUCCCUUUCCCACCGACCACCACCCAAUAAAACUUUGGUGAAGUUCCUA